CACCUAGCCAGUAAAUAUGUCACGGGGAAGGUUUGGAGUGGUGUUGGUUUCCCUGUUGGUAACUUUAUCUACAGUAAGCUGCCAAGUGCCCGACUGUUCUUCGUACGUCAUAUUGAACCAAAGGUGGAGAAGCCUAAAUUUUACUCGAGGUACUGAGCUACACUGCGACAGGGACGGCUGGGUUACUCAGUGGUAUCGGUUCUCGGGGGCAGCCGGGACCAAAAUGCCAAAUUUGUGUGACCCUACUCAGCACUGCGGAACCCACGCCCCAGUGUGGAUAAACGGUACCUACCCAGCACCGGAAGAUGGCGCUGUCGAUCGUCAGGCAUGCGCACACUGGCCUGGUGAUUGCUGCAGGUGGUCUAUGAAGGUUCGAGUGCGCAACUGCGGGGGGGUUUUCCUGUAUUAUCUACCAACAACUUCUGACUGUUGGCUUGCCUACUGUGGCGAAUAUUAAUAUAAGACACGAGGACCUUGUCAUGUAAAACUGACUAAAGACAUUUCUCUUUAAUUUACUUGGU